AUGUGUAUUUAUUUAUUUAUAUUGACUGCAAUAUUUUACUUUUGUAAAAACCGUUCCACAGCAGUAUUGCUAACAGAGCAAGUAUCCUUGUUUCAAGUUAGUAGACUCCAAAAUCAACCAUUUCUCGAAUCAAAACCAUUAUUUGAUGGAAAAGGAAAUAAAGAAUAUAAAAUUUUUAUUUCUGAAUUUGGUAUUUCUGAUGAUUUAACCACUGGAAAAGAAUGCUCAAGCAAUGAGUUAAAUAGUCUAUUUGAAGAGCUUAAACAAAUGUUUAUAAAGUAUUAUUCUUUAAAAGGCUCAAUCCUGGAUUUAAAAAAGAAAUCAAUUUCUGAUCAAGUCCAAGAACAAAUUGAAAUGGGUAGUAAAAUGUAUCAAGAGGCCGAUAUUGAAUUAAAAAAACUAAUUAGUAAAAUUUUUGCAUGUAUUAUAAUCAGAACAGCUCCUGACUAUAUAAAUCAUAGUACAUCCCAAAACCACAUUGGUUGCAGUAUUCAUUCAUAUGUUUAUUAUUUGUCGAUGAAAAGACUAAGCAAAAAAAUUAUCAAAUUAUUAGAAGAAACUCUUUCAAAAUUUUCCAAAUCAAAAUCUAAUUGUCAGUUAGUCAAUGCAAAUUUUAAGCAAACUUCUUGCCAUUACCUACUUUGUUCACUAAAAGCUAUCAAAGCUUCAAUUAUCACUGAAACCUACUAUUAUUACCAGUACAAACGAACUCAAAAGAAUUGCAAACCUUUUGUUCAACGUAAUAUUUACAAACUGUUUCUUUUUAAAUGA